AUGGAUGAAGUCCUUGACCUCGAGCUGCUAUCACUCGUCUCAAAGGUAUCUUCUGAACUCCAGAACCACGUCGGCAUCAGCGACAAAACCCUCGCCGAGUUCCUCAUCGCCCAACGGCUCGAAAGCAAGUCCCUAGACGACUUUCGCAACAAGCUCGACGGCAUCGGCGCAGAGUUCCCACCCAGCUUGGUAGGCAGUCUCGACCGCCUGGUCCUGGCGCUGCACCCCAAGUUCAAAGGCAAGGGCGGCGAUGCGGCUGACACCGGCGACGAGCACCACCCGUCACGAACCCUCGAGGAAAAGGAAAAGAUCUUUAGCGGCCUCGCGCUCCCAGAUAAAAGUACCGAGGACGGUGCCGGGGGAGACGCCAUAGACGACACCUUGGCGCUGUUUGAAGGGCUAGAGGGCAGAGCCGCGAAAGAAAAGCCGUCCCGGAAGCGGAGCUGGAGUCCGGAGAACGACCAGAAAGAGUCAAGACGGCGCAGGCGGGAUAGGUCGCCAUCGCGCGAGCGCAAAAGAAGAGACAAGGCUUGGUCGAGAUCGCCGUCGCAGGAUAGGGGCGAUGAGGACUGGCGGGAUGGUUUCCGAGGCUCACGCAAGGACAGGCGGGGUCGCAGACGCUUCGACGACGACGACGACCAGCUCGACAGCCGACUCGACAGGCCGCCAGAGCCCGAGGUGGACGAGAAACCCAUAGUGCACAAGAUUUACGAGGGCCAUGUCACCGGCCUCAAGGACUUUGGCGCCUUUGUCAACCUGCACCAUGUCCAGGGCAAGGUGGACGGCCUGGUGCACGUGUCCCGUAUGGUGGAGGGCCAACGCGUCAGCCAUCCGUCGGACCUGCUUUCCAAGGGCCAGCAGGUCUUUGUCAAGGUCAUAAGCAUCGAGGGCUCCAGGGUCGGCCUCUCGAUGAAGGACGUGGAGCAGGGCACGGGCAUGGACCUCGAGCCCCAGUCGAGGUUUUCCACGGGCGCGAACAUGGAAGCCCUCGGCAACGGUAACAAGAGGGGCUUUGGCGGCGAGGCCCCUGCAAUGCCGCGAGAUACCAUGGGGCCUCCAAAGCGCCACAAGAAGAGGAUGACGUCGCCCGAGAGAUGGGAGAUUCGCCAGCUCAUCGCAUCGGGCGUCGCAAAGGCAUCCGACUACCCUGACCUAGAGGAAGACUACAACGCAACGCUGCGCGGAGACGGCGAGCUGGAGCUGGAAGAGGAUGUCGACAUCGAGGUGCGCGACGAAGAACCUCCCUUCUUGGCGGGCCAGACCAAGCAGUCGCUCGAGCUGUCCCCCAUCCGCGUCGUCAAGGCGCCAGACGGAUCCAUGAACCGAGCCGCCAUGGCCGGCACCUCGCUCGCCAAAGAGAGGAAGGAGUUGAAGCAGCAGGAGGCCGACGUCGCGGCCAAGGAAGAGCCGAAAGAGAACCUUUCGUCGCAGUGGCAGGACCCCAUGGCCGAUCCGGACAAGCGCAAGUUUGCAAGUGACAUGCGAACUGCUCGCAUGAACGCAAAGCCCGAGGAGGUGCCCGAAUGGAAAAAGGCCGUGAUUCCAAAAGGGCAGGCCCUCGGGAGACGCACAAACAUGACCAUCAGGGAACAGCGACAAUCGCUCCCCGUCUAUGUCUUCCGGAACCAGCUCAUCGAGGCCGUCAAGGAGAACCAAAUCUUGGUCGUGGUGGGAGAGACGGGUUCGGGGAAAACAACCCAGUUGACGCAGUACUUGGCCGAGGCCGGGUUCACCAAGGAUGGCCUCAUCGGAUGCACGCAGCCUCGUCGAGUGGCGGCCAUGUCGGUGGCCAAGCGUGUUGCCGAAGAAGUCGGCUGCAAGCUCGGCGAGGAGGUUGGGUACACGAUCCGAUUCGAGGACUGCACGAGCCCGGCGACCAAGAUCAAGUACAUGACGGACGGCAUGCUACAACGAGAGAUCCUCAUGGACCCGGACCUAAAGCGCUACUCGUGCAUCAUGCUCGACGAGGCCCACGAGCGGACAAUCUCGACGGAUAUUCUCUUUGCGCUGCUCAAAAAGGCCGUCAAGCGGCGGCCGGACCUGAAGAUCAUUGUGACGUCGGCCACGCUCGACGCCGACAAGUUCUCGGCUUACUUCAACGAGUGUCCCAUCUUUACGAUUCCCGGGCGUACGUUCCCGGUCGAGAUCCUCUACUCGAGGGAGCCCGAGUCCGACUACCUCGACACGGCGCUGGUGACGGUGAUGCAGAUCCACCUGACGGAGCCGAAGGGCGACAUCCUGCUCUUCCUCACGGGCCAGGAAGAAAUCGACACGUCGUGCGAGAUCCUGUACGAGCGUAUGAAGGCCUUGGGGCCAAGCGUGCCGGAGCUCGUCAUCGUGCCCGUGUAUGCGCAGCUGCCGACGGAGAUGCAGAGCCGCAUCUUCGACCCGGCGCCGCCGGGGAGCCGCAAGGUGGUCAUUGCCACCAACAUUGCCGAGACGUCCAUCACCAUCGACGAGAUCUACUACGUCGUGGACCCGGGAUUCGUCAAGCAAAACGCCUACGACCCCAAGCUGGGCAUGGACUCGCUCGUCGUGACGCCCAUCUCGCAGGCGCAGGCCAACCAGAGAGCGGGCCGGGCCGGUCGCACGGGGCCCGGCAAGUGCUUCCGGCUCUACACCGAGGCGGCGUUCCAGUCCGAGAUGCUGCCGACGACGAUCCCGGACAUCCAGCGGCAGAACCUGGCGCACACGAUCCUUAUGCUCAAGGCCAUGGGCAUCAACGACCUGCUGCACUUUGACUUUAUGGACCCGCCGCCCGUCAACACGAUGCUGACGGCACUGGAGGAGCUGUACGCGCUGAGCGCGCUCGACGAUGAGGGCCUCCUGACGCGCCUCGGGCGCAAAAUGGCGGACUUUCCCAUGGAGCCAUCGCUGGCAAAGGUGCUCAUUGCGGCCGUGGACCACCAGUGCUCGGACGAGAUGCUCAGCAUUGUGGCGCUGCUCAACCUAAAUGUCUUCUACCGCCCCAAGGAGAAGCAACAGCAGGCGGACCAGAAAAAGGCCAAGUUUCACGACCCCCACGGCGACCACCUCACCCUGCUCAACAUCUACAACGCGUGGAAGCACAGCGGCUUCUCCAACCCGUGGUGUUUUGAAAACUUCAUCCAGGCGCGCUCCAUGCGCCGCGCAAAGGACGUGCGAGACCAGCUGCUCAAGAUCAUGGAUCGGUACAAGCACCCCGUCGUGUCGUGCGGGCGCGACACGCAAAAGGUCCGGCGGGCGCUGUGCUCGGGCUUCUUCCGCAACGCGGCGCGCAAGGAUCCCCAGGAGGGCUACAAGACGCUCAUCGAGGGCACGCCCGUCUACCUGCACCCCAGCUCCGCCCUCUUCGGCAAGCAGGCCGAGUGGGUCAUCUACCACACCCUCGUGCUCACGACAAAGGAGUACAUGCACUGCACGACGAGCAUCGAGCCCAAGUGGCUCGUUGACGCGGCGCCGACGUUUUUCAAGGUUGCCCCGUCGGACCGCCUCAGCAAGCGCAAGCAGACGGAGCGGAUCCAGCCCCUGUACAACAAGUUUGCCGGCGAGGACGACUGGCGGCUGAGUGCGCAGCGCAGGGGCGGCAGGGGCGGCGGCGGCGGCACAUGGGGCUAA